CGGGCCACUGUGGAGGGCAGACGAGUGCAGCUGCACAGUCCAAAAUUUGUCUCAAGUUUUCGCUCGAUUUUAGUGUUACCGGACUCGUUGCAAGAUGAAGGACUUCGAUGAUGUAAUGACCAUUGUUGGAAGCCACGGGCCAUACCAGCGGCGGGUAUUAUUGGGUAUCAUUUGCCCUACCAGUGUUCUUGCCGCUAUGACAAUGAAUAUUUUGCUGUUCCAAGUACCAGUGCCAGAUCACUGGUGCCACGUACCAGGGCAGGAAAACACAUCUUAUUCACAUGAAGCUUGGUUAAACCUUACCAUACCAAGAGAUAUAAAAACGGGCAAACUGUCGGAGUGUCAUCAGUACAGAGUGGAGUGGACGACGGAACAAGGGAACCAGUCGUUUAUUGUUCACAACGACACACACGCGUGCGACUUCGGAUGGAAACACGACACUUCCGAAUUCGAAGAAACGCUAGCCACCACCAACCAAUGGUUCUGCGAGGAAAGGAGUUACUCGGAUCACGUCUACUCAAUCAACAUGGCGGGGAAUAGUGUUGGCACCAUCGUCCUGCCUGUGCUGGCUGAUAGAUUCAUAGGUCGACGCUUAAUGUUCUACAUAGCGCUCUUCAUCCACAUACUCUUCACACUGCCGGCUGUGUGGGUAUCAAAUUACGGCUUUCACCUUACGCUCAGGUUCUUUGCCGGUCUAGCUUUCGAGACGAACUACAUGAUGCCUUAUAUUAUAGGCUUAGAGUUCCUCUCCCCGGACAAACGCACAGCGGCCACCCUCUUUUCCUUCGCGUCGUGGACUUUCGGCAUGUGCCUGACGUCCCUCGUCUCGUGGCUCCUUCCUAGUUGGCAGUACUUGGCACUCGUAUCCUGCGUUCCCUCCGCCCUCGCCUUCGCUUACUGGUGGUACCUCCCUGAGUCCCCCCGUUGGCUGCUGUCCCAGGGAAGAAUACAUGAGUGUGCGACCAUCCUGCUGAAUGUAGCCCGCAUCAACGGCAAAAAAGACGUAUACCGGACGCAGCUUGAGUCGGAUUUAUACAUCUUGUGGAACCUGCAGGAGAAGGAAGUGUCACUGAGGGAAGCCACGCGUUACCCGAAGCUGCGUCUGAGAGCUCUUAUAUUAUUCUUCAUGGGCGCGUGCAGCUACCUCUGCUACGGCAUGGUGUUCCUGGGCAUCACCGUCCUCUCCAGCAACUACUUCCUCAGUCACUUCGUCGUCUCGAUCUCGGAACUUCCCAGCAAUGCCCUUGGGUGGAUGUGGACGCAUUUCUUAGGACGUCGCUUCACCUGCAUCACCACCUUCCUGAUCACGGCUGCUUUUGUGGCUGCGGCGCCCUUCUGCCGGCAUGAUAAAUGGGUGAUGUUAGCCAUGGUCGCUUUCAUCAGACUCUUCUGCACGCAACUCAUCUACGUCGUGUACGUGCAGUGCACAGAAAUCUUCCCCACGCCCAUCAGGUCUACGGGGCUGGCCUGGCUGAUCGUCUGCGGGCUGGCCACCAUGAUUUCCACGCCUUUCCUUCUGCACCCUAUUCCCCUUAAACAUUCUCCAGAGCACUCGCUAUGUCACACCCGAAACAACAUUAGAACACGCACCCACGGAUACAUAUCAUGUACACCUAAGGAUAGCUUCACCCAGCCUCCGAUAACACAAAUGACGCUGUUUCCCCUCUGUGUCACACUCACUGAUAAUGACACAGUUAUCGUGAUACAUAACGCCACAGGACUCUCGCAGACAACGACCAGUCGCCGUCUCUGA